AUGACUUUGACCGACGAUAAAAUCGAGGAGCCGGUGGUUGAAACAGAAGUGCAUUUUACAGCACCAGCUAUCCAGAACAACCCUGAUGGAUGGGGACCUUGUGAGUUGCCGGAUCAGUUCCGCGACAUUCCAUAUCAGCCAUUUUCUAAAGGUGAUAGAUUAGGAAAAAUUUCUGACUGGACCGGCGUUGCUUUCCAGGAUAAAAAAUUCACAAACAAAUACCAAUCUCAAUUUGGAUCCGGAAGUCAAUACGCAUACUACCACGACGAAGAUGAGUCAACCUUCCACCUGGUGGACACGACCCGCGUGCAAAAGCCGCCAUACCAACGUGGGCGUUUCAACAAGAACCAGCGCAACCUCCGCGGCCGCGGCGGCCAGCGCGGUGGGAUGAACGCCCUGCAACAGCUGGGUAAAUUGAAGCUGCGCGAACGCGAGCGCAAAGGUCAAACCAAGCGCUGGGGUCGCAACAACAAAAACAACCCGCCGAACAAAAACCGGGACGCUUCUGUUACUGUACGUCCUGACUGGUCAACUAUUGAAGAAAUGGACUUCCCCCGCUUGGGGAAACUAAGUCUUCCAAACAUCAAAGACGGAGAAGACAUUUUAUGUUGCGGCUCUUUGGAGUAUUAUGACAAGACAUACGACCGAGUUAACGUCAAAAAUGAAAAGCCACUGCAGCGUGUGGAUAGAAUUUUCCACACUGUCACUACUACUGAUGACCCGGUCAUCCGAAAAUUGUCCAAGACCGAGGGAACGGUCUUUGCCACUGACGCCAUCUUGGCUACCAUUAUGUGCUGCACCAGGAGCAACUAUAGUUGGGAUAUUGUAAUUGAAAAAAUCGGAGACAAGCUCUUCUUCGAUAAGAGAGACAAUACGGAGUUUGAUUUGUUAACAGUUAAUGAAACUAGCGUUGAGCCUCCACAAGAUGACGGGAAUUCUUUGAAUUCUCCACGAAAUUUAGCCUUAGAGGCUACUUUUAUCAACCACAACUUCUCUCAGCAAGUUUUAAAGUCCAGCGAACCCAGAUUUAAAUUCGAGGAAGGAAAUCCUUUCAUUUCCGAAGAAGAGGAAGGUGAUGUAGCCUCGGUAGCUUAUCGGUACCGCAAAUGGGACCUGAACAACGGCAUCACCUUAGUUUGUCGUUGCGAGCACGAUGCUGUCUUGCAGGGCCCUAAUGGAGAAAUCCAAUUUUUAACUAUCAAAGCUUUGAAUGAGUGGGACUCGAAGCUAGCCAACGGAGUUGAGUGGCGUCAAAAAUUGGACACUCAGAGAGGAGCUGUUCUUGCAAACGAGCUAAGAAACAACGCAUGCAAACUCGCAAAAUGGACUGUUCAGGCCCUCCUUGCUGGAUCUGAUCAAAUUAAGUUUGGAUAUGUCUCUCGUGCUAGCGUUCGUGACUCGUCAAAACAUGUUAUACUAGGAACUCAGCAGUACAAACCUAUUGAGUUUGCUAGACAGAUAAAUUUGAACAUGGACAACGCUUGGGGAAUUUUGCGUUGCAUUAUAGACAUUUGCUUGAAGCAAAAAGAUGGUAAAUAUCUGAUAAUGAAGGAUCCAAACAAGCCUAUGAUCCGGUUGUAUGAUAUUCCCGAUAAUACUUUUGAGAGCGAGGAUGAGGAGGAAGAGGAUGAAGAAGAAAUGGUCAAUGACGCGUUCCAGAAUUAA